AUGGCGAACAAUCCGACACAAUCACCCUACACAUCCUUGCGUCCGCCGCCCAUUGGCAGUCGCAAACCAAAGAACCUGGGCGAAUUCAUUGGGAGGAUACAGGCCGAACGCGGUUUCCGCAAUGUCACCGAGGCAAGCCUCCGCGAGGAGGUCGCGGCCAAGACGAAUGGCGAGGCAAAAGAGGACGACAUUCAAAUGUCCGUGACGGACGACGAAGAUGUCGAGGAGGCCAAGGAUAUACACACAGUCAAGGGCGAAAUCAUGCGCAAUAUAGACGCUGCACACAACACAGCCAUGGUGGCCCUCGACUUCGUUUCUCUGCUUCUGACCAAGCACAAUCCCAACCAGGCGGGAGUCACCUUGUCACAGGCUCUACGCGACUUUGCCGGAAUCGGAACGCUUGGGGUGUCCAAGUUCAAGGAUUCGGAGCAAGCAGGCGACAAAAGACGAAGGGAAGAGAAGCGGCAAGAGGCCAAGGAAGUUUCCCAGGGAUGGACGCUCAUGGAAAUUGAGCGGACGAAAAAGGCGGCAGAGAAAUCGGCCGCCAUGCUCGCCAAAGAAGUUGAUCGGGAAGAAAAGUACUGGAGCGAGAUUCUAGCGGUCAAGCAAAAUGGCUGGUCCAUGUGUAGAUUGCCGGCCGAACGUCAUACCCUGGGUGUGAGGUUUGGCUUCACCGAAGCAUCCUCCGAGUUUCGGAACAACAGCCUUGCACCUCUGCGGCGUGGGGACGACGGCUCGGUCGUGCUGGAGCAGGGGCGAGCAGGGGUCGGCUGCCAACGCAUCUCUGUCACGUUGGCAAGAGAUGGUGAGAUCAGCGGACAGUCCACUACGAGCUCGUCAAUUCUAGAGUCGGCCCCACUGCAGGAACGAGUUUUGGAGGCUAGAAACACCAUCUUCUCUCAAGAACUGUGGCACGAGCUUCAUCGUGAGGCUCAUUCUCUAGCCUCUUAUGGUGUGCGUGCUAGCGACAGCAGCAUCACCUAUGAGCCGAAAACGGGCCCUAGCAUCAAUAUCUCUCUGGACACGCUGUUGGGUGUGGCGCCCACGGCCCAGGAAACGAAGCCCGACACCUGGUACGCCGAAGUGACGCAGUUGAGUCUUCAUGUGCUCCUCAGCUAUGCUCAUCGCGAGAACGAGGUGCAGCGCCGGAGGCCGGGACCUCCCCACCAGCGCCGUCACGAACAACACAAUCAAUAUCAUCUCAUUCGCCCCAUCCUAUCACGGGCGAUCCACGAUGUCUCAGUCAGACAGUGCACCCGCCUCGUCGGCGAUUUGGUACGUAUCUUGCGCCAGUCGGGCAUUGAGGAGGCUGCCUUCACUCUUAAUAACCCUCAAUUCGUCCUGCCCAAUUCCGAUGCCCUGACUUCGACGUCUUCCAAUCGCCCAACAGCAGCCCAAGCUCUCGUCAAUCUCCUUCUAGCCCCUUCAGACUUCCAACUCGAUGUCACAUUGACGCCGCGGGCGAGGAUCCAGAUUCGCGGCCGUACGUGGUUCCUCCCCCUCACAACUACACAGUACCAGGUUCACCUCCUUCCGCCGCUGGACAGCACGGACGCAACCCAAAACUCUCUCUUGACUUCCUGCCCUCCGUACCGAGAGCGGGACGGCUACCCAGACCUCCAGUCUCUGAAGGUCUAUCUUCUGACUGCUAUACCACGCGCUCUCGCCGACCUAUAUCUGCCGCUAGCCGAAUCACUGGGCUCCAACCCCUCUCAGGCGACUACGGAGCCCGCAGCAGAGACCAGCGAUCCUAUUUGGGUCAAAUCGGUCCGCGGCAACGCCAUUCAGGACAGCACGCGCGAUGCGCGCGAGAUUGCUUUUGAGCUCGACGAAAAGAGCAACGCCGAUGGGUCAGAAAGGCUCACUCUGAAGGCCUCCGGGAUCUGGUGCGAGGGCAGCGAAGCGCGCACCAAAUUCGAGCAUUUCGACGGUGUCCCCGGUGGCGAGGGUCAGGCGUCACCAGCCAAGAUCAAAAUCAAGGACAUCAUCGAGGCGGUCGUUACGGCUACGGAGGCUGUCUAG